AUGGGAACCCAAUAUAUGAUGCAAGUCGGCCUGGCCUCCGGCAUGUCAGCAACGGAGGGCAUCUACCCGGUGCAUCCCAAGUCCGUCGAUCCCAACCUGAGCGAUCCAGCCCACAUGCUCCCCGAAAAUGUGGUUCCCAACUCGCGGAGCCGUCUUGCCGUGCGCGGAUACGGCGGCAAGGACGUGUUGAUCCCCUACCUGAGCAUUGGAACUUGGGCCUGGGGCGACAAGCCGACAUUCAACUACGAUCCUACGGUUGACCUGCCUAGGAUCCAUGCUGCCUGGGAGAAGCUGAAGUCCGUUGGGUUGACCUUCGUGGACACGGCGCAGUCCUACGGCAAUGGCGAAAGCGAGCGGAUCUGUGGGACUUUGUUCAAGGGGAUGCCUCGGGAUGCGUUCGUUGUGCAGACUAAGUGGUUCUCGGGUGGCUUGAGCAACACCUUGAUGCAGUCGCGUGGGCCGAAGGCUAGACUGAAGGAGUCGCUUCAUCGAGUGGGACUGGAUUAUGUGGAUAUUUACCUGGUGCAUGGGCCCAUCCAUGGAAGUUCGAUUUCAACUGUUGCAGAGGGAUUAGCCGAAUGUGUGGAGGAGGGCAUGACGCGCGCUGUCGGAGUUGCCAACUACAACACGGGGGAGAUGAUCAAGAUGGCCGAGGAAUUGGCGAAGAACAACGUACCACUGGCGGUGUCGCAGUGCGAGUUCUCGGUCAUUCGCCGUGUGCCAGAGGUCAGUGGGAUGAUCCGUGAGUGCAGAGAGCGCGGCAUUUGCUUCCAGGGCUUUGCGUCGCUGGGUGAGGGUCGAUUGACGAGCAAGUAUUCCCGAUUCAACGAGCCCAAGAGCACUCGGCGGUUCAGUAGCUAUCCGAUGCAUAUGCUGGAGCCGACGAUCAAUGUGCUGAAGGGCAUUGCGGAACAGCAUCGGGUCUCUGUUUCGGCGGUCGCGCUGAAUUACUCGAUUAACAAAGGCGUUGUGCCUCUGGUGGGAGUGCGCGAUGCUGAACAGGCGGAGGAGGACAUGCAGGCGCUGGGCUGGCGAUUGACCGAAGACGAGAUCCGGCGCAUUGAGGAGGUCAGUUUUGAGGGCAACACGUCUGCUUUGUUGCAGCAUGGAUAA